AUGGGCAAUGCGGAGGUUCUGGGCUAUAGGGUUGAGGGGUUGGGGAGCAAGGGGAGUGUGCGGCGGGUGUUGGGGACGGGCGGGGAAGGUGGGGAGAGCGGGUAUGUGAAUUGGGGGAGUGGAUGGGCUGACGCUGGGAGAGCUAUGGAUCGGUGUGUGAGAAUGGCGAUGGAGGUGGCGAGGGAGAGGAUGGGGACGGAGGGGAGGGAAAGGGGACGGGUGGUGUUCAAGAGGGGGAGGGCGAGGAGGUUGAUCUUUCGAGAUGGCGAGGGAGAGGGGAAGAGGAGGGUCGUUGGCGCUGCGUUGGACGACGGCUUCGAAGUCCUCGCGGACCUCACCAUCGUCGCCGCCGGCGCCUGGAGCGGUGCCCUGGUCGAUCUUCGCGGAAGGGCGGAAGCCCGCGGGCAAGUCCUGGCUUACAUCUCCCUCACCGAUGAAGAGAGGGAAAGACUGAAGGACAUGCCUGUCGUUCUGAACCUCAGCACAGGCAUGUUUGCAAUCCCGCCGAUAGACAACGCGUCUGCCCCACCGCCCGGUCAGGAGACGAGGCCGAGAGAUUGGGUGCUCAAGGUUGCGAGACAUGCUUUUGGAUAUGCGAAUCCGACGGUGGUGGCGCCUGAGGGGGACGAUAUCGUCAUCAGCUUGCCUGCAACGAGAUUUUCUCCCAUACCAGCAGAAGGAGAGGAAGCAUGCCGUUCCUUUUUGCAAAAGACGAUCCCCUGGCUCGGCGACCGCCCCUUCGGCAGCACGAGGAUAUGCUGGUACACGGAUACUCCGACUGGUGAUUUUCUGAUCGAUUACCAUCCGGAAUACGAGGGGCUUUUUCUUGCUACGGGUGGUAGUGGACAUGGGUUCAAGUUUUUACCUGUGCUGGGGGAUAAGAUCGUCGCUGCGGUUCAGGGAGCUUUGGAGGACGAGUUGGCGGGGCUGUGGAGGUGGCCGAGGGAGAAAGUGCUGCCGUUCAGGGGGUGUGAGGAUGGGAGUCGGAUGGGCGAUAGGGAUAUGGUUCUGGAGGAGGAAUGGGCAAAGGGGAAGAGGAAGGGAGAGAGGGUGAGGAGUAGUAGGCUAUGA